UCAGAUGCCCCUUGUUAUAUACAGCGAGCUCAUAGUACGUCGGAACACUUGAAGUAAAAGGAUCCCACCGCGUUUUAACGGGUAUCAUGACUUCGGAACAUAUGGAAUUGAAAGGAGAUGCAGAAGAGCCUCCUCCGGCCAGGCAAUCGGGGCGCUGUAAGGAGCCACUCAACAUGAACAACUACGCCAACAAGAAGAGUGCCGCAGAGAGCAUGCUGGACGUGGCCCUGCUGAUGGCCAACGCCUCACAGCUGAAGGUCGUCCUGGAGCAAGGCCCCGAGGCCAAGCUCUACGCCCUCCUGGUCACGCUCAUCAGCAUCUCGCUCAUCCUGCAGGUCAUCGUGGGCAUCCUCCUCAUCUUCAUCGUGAAGUGGAAUCUGAACGACCCGAGCAAGCACUACAAACUGGACGUGCUGGAGAACAUUGUGACCGGAAUGAUCUUCAUCGUCGUGGUCGUGAACGUCUGCAUCACAGCCUUUGGUGUGCAGCACUCCCACUGAAACGCCUGGCAACAGGACAGAAAUGAAAACCCUACUGUUGAGCUGUCACACAGGUACAGGUGCGGGUAUAUUCACAGGUGUGCAUGGGUACUGUGUACUGCAUGCAUGGCUCAUUAUUCCACUUUCCCAUAUUCUUUCUUCCAUGACAAUAAAGAAAAACCCAUCGAACCGGGGUGGCGAACAGGCUAAGAUGCAGCGGUUGCAGUUUGUUGCAGUUUCACACCGAGGACCAGGUCCUGUUAAAAGCCAAGAUUGGCCGGCUCUCGUGGAGCGGCAUAAUUGGCUCGCUGCUCCAGAGGGAGGGACGUGGCAGGGUUAGUAGAUCGCUGCACAAAAAAAAGCACCUUGGGCGCCUCUGGAAUCGCGGUCACGAGCAUGAGACGAGACGGCUUGAAGAAGGCGUGUCGCUCUCCUUCGGGCCGCUGAGGGACAGGGUGUGGGCGGUGUAUCUAACACUAACUCUAAUUGGAUUAGAUGGGAGAAAAUUGGCAACCAAAUUGGGAGAAAAAGGGAAAAAUCUAAAAUAAAUGUCAAAAAAGAAAAGAAAGAAAAACCCAAGGCUGUAUUUUAAUAUGGAUGAGACCCAGACAACCCUGCUGAGCAUAGCCACUGUUAUCACCAUAUUCCUGCCUUAAAGCCCGCGCAUGCCUCUCUGCAAUGAACGAGUCAUUAUUUACACAGAAAGGUCUAGUUUCAUACUGUGUUUUGGAGGAGAAAUAUGAAUUGAGCUUGGAGCAAUAGAACAUUGCAAUAUAACGUUAUUUGCACUUUGUGUAUACUGAUAACUGAUUGUUUUAACCUAGAAUUUGGAAUUUCCGUUUUCUGUUCUGUGUCCUGUGUAAAUAAGCCUUGUUUACAUACAGCUAUGGUAUGAACUAUACAGACAUAUGGAUUUAGGAUUGGCAUAUACCUCAUUCACG